AUUGUAGCGUCCCGGAAGAAUUAGUGCUGCAAGGGGUUCUGGGUAUUUGUUCUGUUGCGUUUAUGUUGUGUUACGGUGCAGAUGUUCUCCUGAAAUGCGUUUCAUUCUUGUUUGGUGUGGGUUCACAGUGUGGCGCAUAUUUGUAACAGUGUUAAAGUUGUUUAUAAGGCCACCCUCAGCGUGACCUGUAUGGCUGUUGACCAAGUAUGACUUGCAUUCAUUUGAGUGUGUGUAUAAGCUGCAUAUGUUAUGUGACUUGACCUGUACGCUAUUUGUAUGGAGAAAAAGUGGACGUGACGACAGGUUGUAGAGGACGCCAAAAGCAGUGCCUUGAAGGCACGCCAACAAUAUUGUUGUCCGGGUUGAAAUUGGAGGGGAGGGGGGUGUGGUCCGCAUGUUAUGUUUAAGUUGCUCAACUUCAGAGCCUAAUUCAACAAGUUCUCAACGUUGUUUCAAUGUCUUGUGCCUGCUGGGAAUGCUUCCUGAAUUUUGCUGAGCACUGGAUAGUGUUUAUAUUUGGGGGGGGAAAAUUAGGCUCCAGGGACAAGCGGUAGAAAAUGGAUGGAUGGAUGGAUGGAAAAUUUAAAUACGGUAAAGGGUUGAACUAGUGUGUCGCCAGGAUGGAAGAGACACAUAUUUGAGUUCUCCAGAGAAAAGUGGAGAGUCGACUAGUAUGCAAUCUCAAUCUCAGCAAUGCGGAAUGGCCAAACUCCCUGUAAAAUGGACUUGGUCUUUAAAAUAAAACAUGUAAUUGUUGUAACUCACAAGCUGCCAGCGGCUUUGCUAGCAUUAGAUGAGCAUGCAAACAUGCUAUUAAUCCCAGCUGGUGCGAUGCUUCUGCAGCUCAGAUCUCAUGCUAGCAUCCUCUCUCGUCUAUUUACAUCACGCAUGAGUCCACCAGGAGAGAAAAUCCUCUCCAGAUUUGACCUCAAUACCACAAGGACGCUCCCAAUCUCUCUGGCGUGGGUACGGCUGAGAGACAAGCUAAGUCUGCCAGGAAAUAACCUGACCAGCAGACCAGAGAGAGGUGUGGUGUGUUCACAGUACUUUGGCUUCCCUGUUGCUCUUUUGGACUUCAGAGGAGGAAGGAGGUUCACAUGGCCCCCUUCGUCGUCCGCACAGACCGGACUUUGGUCGAGAGCUAGUGGGCAGCCUGGGACGGAGUCAACUCUCUUGGUGGCUUUGUGGGGUCUGUUCCUGCCUUUGGCCCCCAAACCCCAGCAGACCAGAGGAAAAGGUGGAUUCAUUUUAAAAUGUGAACAUGACUGUGGAGUGAAGGUGUGGUCGGCGUGCUGCAGGAACAAAAGUGAGUGGCCAACGAGGAGAGAAGUGUGGGAGGAACUGGAAAGAGACGUCUGAGAAGAUGGUGCAUUUCAUCGUGUGCUGAUUAAAACUCUGUCCAACAGCACACCUGACUCCUCUCACCUGGUAUCCGUGGAAACACUAGAGAACCACCUCUACAAUGCUUGCGGGCAAAGUGAUUACAUCAAAUCAAUGACCUUUUAUUACCUGCUGCGUGCACAGCUUUUAUUGAUAUUAUAUAAUACAAACGACCUUCCCUAGUCAUAAUGCACAAAAAAGAAGACAAAUAGCAACACACAUGGUCACAAACAACCUCAGUGGAUAUUAUAAAAGAUGCUAUGCACCAUGAAAAUAUAAUUAAAAAAUCAAGAUUACACCCAUUUAAAUCUAUUGCUAAGCAUGAUGGAGGCGGGACAAAAACAGAUGUGGGUGUGGUCCCAGCAGAUGGUAGGGAUCAGAGCGGGGGGGGGGAUUAGAAAAGGCGAGUCCACAUCUGCUGGGAUUAUCCAGAGAAGCAUCCAGCAUCGCUUUCCUGCCCAAAAAUAAAUCAAGUGCAGUUUCAAAUGUGGGAAUGUUGUACUCGUUGUCCAUUCAGACCAAAUCAAAGAAAAACACGACCACAACAAAUAAAAGAUGACUUUGAUUGCAAUUGUUUUGCUUUCUUUGGUAUCAUAGAUGUCCUUUUUUUGGACUAAUCUGACAAUCUAGCGACUUGUAUUUAAUGUAUUAACUUUUUUACAAUGUAUAAACUUCAUUUGGAGAGAAUCUUAAUAUUGACGGGAUUUUCAGCUCCCAUUAACAGCCAAUAAAUGAACAUAAUGCACUAGUCAGUACAACAAUAACUGAUGUACAUGUUCCCCCCGUGACUGUGUGGCGUUUAUAUCUCUUUUCAGCAUACAUUUAGUGUACAUUGUACAUUUCAAAAAAAUAGGGCUACUGAUUCUUUUAUUUCUUGAAUAUGCAACCUUCUAAGGAAAUGUGCUCGAGUCGUGUGUGUGUGUGUGUGUGUGU